GUCCUGGUCCUUCUUGACCCCGUCCUAGUCUCUUGUCUCCAUCCUCUUGGUUCCCUUUGCUAGCUACCCUGACUGAAUCCACUCCUCGAGCCUCGGUCGCACCAGGUGUUUGGGUCGCUUCCCGUUCCCUUUCAACUGGCCCUGUCCUUUACUGCAUUGCUCUUCUAGGCUUGGCUCCUUUUCUUCUGGUGUUUCUACAGAGAGCGGGGAUUCCAUUCAAGCUUCUCGCCCUUCUCCAUUUCCAUAACUAGCUUCUAUUUCCCGACUCUCCUACUCUAGCUCCUGGUCUCUCUUGACCUUGCUUGUACUACAUAGCACUUCUUCCUGAUGCCGCUCUAAGCGUCCCUCUUAAAGAGACGGAUCAAGAGUGUCGAUCGUCUUUUGCUCCCGUCUUCCCCUCAUUGUGCUGCACGCUCCACGAUACCAACAAGACCUCCUUGUCGAAUUUGUCUCGUGUGUUUCUAUCCGCGAUUACCACCGGUGCACAUAUUCGAUUCAUGUUACCAUUGGAGUUUGGCUCCGCAUCGGUAUCCAUAAUUGACUACCAAGUCGUUGAUCAGAACGACUUUCAGGGCCUUUCAACUUUUUGGACAGUCGGCAGUGCAUGGGUCGUUCGCCACCAGGGAAGUCUCAGCGUUUCUCAGCUCCAAGUCCGAGAAGCGCAAUUACUCGUGGCAGCAUCGGAUUGAGCUGCCUUUUCCCCCCCUUCACGAUUUCAGCUUAGAGCCGCUUUUGUGCCCUUGCCUGAUACUCAGUCCUUGUCGUACAUAGCUGUGAAUAUCUUAUGGCGCCUGCUGUAAUGGCAGCUCAGUCACCAAGCCAUGGCAGUAUGCCUAACUCAUCACCUUCAAGUCUUCACCAUUUUCAGUUUACCUUCAACUGCUCCGCUUCGAAUUCUAGGGGGAACAGUUUCAUUGAGCCCGAUCCUGAUGCUCAAGGCAUAGACUCCGAAUCUCUCACAGACAGUGUACAGAAUUUCCCAGAAGAAUUUGGGCGCACGUAUCAUGCCUACCGGGCUGGCUCAUACGCUUUCCCCAAUGACCAACUAGAGCGUGAGCGCCUUGAUUUACAGAAUGAAGCAUUAGUAAAACUCUUCGGUGAGCGUCUUUACUUUGCACCACUGUCAAGGAGAGCACCGCCUGUAAAUAUCCUCGAUAUAGCUACUGGUACUGGUGACUGGGCAAUCAAAAUGGGCGACUUGUUUCCAGAAACAGAAGUCGUCGCAACCGACCUUUCACCAAUACAGCCUCGAAAAGUACCCCCAAACGUGAACUUCUACGUCGAAGAUUCCUCUGAGCCUUGGGAUUACUCUCAGCCUUUCGAUUAUAUUCAUACCCGUGUCACAUCUGGCUGCUGGGCUAGCUUCAAGGAGCAGAUUGCGGACCAAGCCUUUCAAACACUGAAGCCAGGAGGGUGGUUCGAGUCGCAGGAAUACGAUGCCAUUAUAAUGUCUGACGAUGAAAGCCUUCCACCGAACGGACCUCUUGCAACAUGGUUCCGCGAAAUCAACGAAGCUUCAGAACUGAUGGGCCGGCCAACCAAUGUUGCUGCCCAUGUCCGUGAGGCAUAUGUGCAGGCGGGUUUUGUUGACGUUCAAGAGCGAAUCUUCAAAAUGCCCAUGAAUGGCUGGCCAAAGGAUGAACGCCUAAAGGAACUUGGGCGCAUGUGGGAAAGGAAUUUUUUGAUGGGCCUCAGCGGCUUCUCUUUCACACUUUUCAACCGCGUCUACGAGAGAACUCCUGCGCAGAUUGAGGUGGCACUGGUUGAUGUCCGGCGAGAGCUGAUCGAUACGCGGAUUCACGCUUACAUACCAAUACACGUCAUCAUCGGCAGGAAGCCAUUCCCAGGUGAACGGCCUGUCCCACGAGUGCCAUUUACAUGAAGGGAAAGCACCGGGGACUGGAACGAACUACCACCGUUUAUUAAGUUUUAAUGGUUGAGGAAGGGAGCCUGGCAAACGGCUCAGAAGGACUAAUUCCAACACCGAUAAAGCACCACCACACGAACGAUGCAUAGCGACAAUGGGGACGACUUUGGCUUUUCAUAUCCAUGAUACCCAAUACUGUCGAUACGAUGCACAUGACUAGAAUAAUGUAUUGAUAUGGGUUUGGGUACAACAUCGUACCGAACUGCACUUUUGAUAGCCGCCUGUUUUUAAAGCUCUGGAGUCUGUAAUCAAUGGCAAUGAGAUUGCCAGACGACAUUACACGUUUCCAAAAAUGCUAUAGAAGCGACCCGUUUCUUAUACAACUGUCUCCUCUCUCACAAAUGUUAGUCUUAAUCAUUGCCCUCAAACAUUUACUCCGAUCUUCUCACGAGCCAGUCCAGCUCGCGGGCUUGCUCUUCGUUGAGUAGUUCACGAAUUCCUUGUUGAGUGAGGAAUGCAUGGUCGUGAUAUUCAAAGCCAGGGACAACCGUCUCUGAGAUCAGCAGGCCCUCAGUUUCCUCACUAUUUGACUCAUUGCCGGUAUCUGGCUCGUUGGGGAGCAAGUAACUUGCCUUCCAGACAUCACCUUCGACGAUCCAUUGUAUACGCUCGCCUCGUUCAACCGCAUUGCCGACAAUAAAGGACUCGAUGCGCCCAUCAGGGUGGAUGAGUACAUAGCGUCCCCGUCCACGAUGCAAGGUAUGAAUAACACGGCUGCGGUUGCGAUGGAAGCUCCCCUGACCAUGGCGUGGGGUUAGUAGGUAGUAAAUGGUGGUAGAGAGACGUCGUGUAUCCGCCCUAUAACCUUCACGAGCAGGACCCGAAAGAGCCAGAGUUUCGUGGGAGAGAGCUUCGGAUGAAUACGGUGAAGGAAUGGUAGUAGGAUUUGUAUCAGUUUGGCGGAAGUAGCCCCCCUCGAUAUGGGACUCCAAGGAUAGAGCCUGGAUGAGGGACUUUGAUCGAGGAUUCUCAGGUUCGGAUGAAGAGGUGAAUGAAGGUUUGAUGGUGCCCAAGUCAGGCUCGCUGUUGACGAAUUCGCCCAUCUUGUGUUUGGUAUCAAACAAGGCAGGCAAUCGUAUUGAGAAUAUGAUGGAGGAUGAGAAUUGCUUUUGGGUUGGCAGCAGUUGAAAGAUAGAAAGCUCCAUUUAUACCCCUGAAUAGAGAGUGAGCAAGAGA